AUGUCUGCAGCGAGUUCACGAGUAGCACAGAUCGCCGAGCACGUUGGCGGCCACACACGAGUUGCCCUGGUCACUGGGGCCGCGCAAGGGAUUGGUCUUUGCAUUGCCCUUCGCCUAGCUGACGACGGCCUCGACGUUGCGGUAAACGACCUUUCCUCCAAGGUAGAUCUCCUUGAAGAGGUUGUUCUGAAAAUUCGAGAGAAGGGAAGACGAUCUAUCGCUGUCCCCGCCGAUGUGACGCAGGACCAACAAGUCAAGCAGAUGAUUGCCACAGUAGCGGAAAAGCUGGGCGGACUGGACGUGAUGGUCGCUAAUGCAGGGAUUUUGCUGGUCAAGCCGCUUCUUGAAACUACACCAGAUGAAUGGGACCGUUCCAUGACUGUGAAUACGCGGAGUAUGAUGCUCUCAUACAAGUAUGCGGCGGAACAGAUGAUAGCGCAAGGGAGGGGUGGACGAAUCAUCGGCGCUUCGUCGAUUGCGGGAAAGAAAGGAUCGAUCGGUCUUCCUGCGUAUUGCGCAACAAAAUUUGCGGUACGCGGGUUAACCCAGUCGGCAGCUGAGGAACUUGCCAAGCACAACAUCACGGUCAAUGCAUAUGCGCCAGGAAUCAUCACUACUAAUAUGGGAGCGGACCUAGCGGCUGGUUUCGAGUCACUCAGAAUCGAUACGGCAGUGCCAGUAGCAGAACCGGAGGUAGUCAGCAGUGUGGUUUCCUUUCUGGCCAAACCUGAGUCAUACUUCAUAACAGGACAAUCCCUCUCGGUCAAUGGCGGCGCAUACUUUGAUUGA